GAAUUAGAACUAUUAAUGGAUGAUUUUAUUUUUGUUCUAAUCCGUCUUGAAUUAUAACAAGAAACUAUAUAUAAUACCUUGUUCAUCUUCUAAAAACUUAAUCAUGGAUUCCUUAUUAUACUACGCUAUUACCUUUGUAUCAAAAAUUAGAUCUAGGGUUCCAAAUGAGAUUUACAAAGCCUUUCUUCAGGGUUUUGCUAAUCUUCGGAAAGGAAUUUGGGAGUUAGAUGACCUCGAUCGUGAGGUAAUUUUGCUUUUUGAAGAUCAUCCUGAUUUAAUCGAGGAGUUUCAAAGCUUUCGGACGGAUUGCCAGUCAUUUUCUGGAGUUGUGGACUACCAACUCAAGCAGUCAUGGAUUCCGAUAAUACAGCAACAUUACAGUUUUGAGGUUGAGAAUUCCUUGAGAAAAUACCCUAAUGGGUUUGCAGAAGAGUUUCAUAAGCUUAUGCGAAAUCCAUCCUCGAAAUCAGAAUCCGAAUCGGAAAAGUCAAAGAAGAAGAGGAAGGGGAGUCAUCAGGUUGAAGCGGAAUCAGAAAAGAGCAUGAAGAAGAAACGCUGCACCCCCUGCUAUGAAUUCAGGCGGGAUUAUGACCCUAAGGCGGCAGAUUCUGACUCUGAGACAGUGGUUGCAACUCCAUUAGAAUCCGAAGACAGUGAUCCCAGGAAAGUACUGAAUUCCACCUUGGUCUGUGUCCAACACAGAAAAUAUUCCUCUAGACCACCGAGGCUCCAAACACCACAAGAAAAGGUGUUGAAUGAAAUCGAAGACGAUCUGUUCCAGUUGGAUAUGACAUUGGCAUGGUUUGGCUCUGCAGCUGAGAAUAUAGAGAAAAUUUUGAAGGAAAAGAGGGUGGAAGGUAUUGAUAUCAGAGAACGUCUUACCGCCAUGAACUUGAGGUGCAUUGAAAACCUGUAUGAACAAUGUCCUGAUAUUCUGGAGUCUUUGUAUGAAAAUCCAGUUGUGGGUCUGCCUGUCUUAUCAAAGCAACUGAGGCGAAAAGAAGAAGAGUUGAGGGAGAUGAAAGAAGAGAAGAUGAAGAAGAUCCAUGGGGCGUUCGAGGAGAAGAAAGAAGAGUUGAAGCGGCUUCACUCUUGCUCGCUUUGCUGAGUUUCCCUUGGGAUUAUGCAGGGACUUGAUUGUAUAUGUUUUCUCUUGGGAUUAUGCAGAGAGUUGAUUGUAUAUGUUUUAAAGUCUUUAAAGUUUAAACCCUUGUUCUAUAGAACUACUUUUGAUUAGAUUAAUGCAAUUCUUUUUGUCAUUAAAUGUCUUCUGCUUUG